AUGAGACAAGGUCAGUCUAUCAAACAUGCUUUACAGAAGCAAACUGAUGUUAUGAAAGAUGAGUAUCGAGUUCGGCUGAGUGCUUCAAUUGAUGUUUCUAGACAUUUGUUACAUCAAGGAUUACCUUUUCGUGGCCAUGACGAGACAGAAGAUUCAACAAAUAAAGGUAAUUUUUUGGAGCUUCUCAAAUAUACUGCUGGCCAAAAUGAGAUUGUGAGAAAAGUUGUGUUGAAGAAUGCCCCUAAAAAUAAUCAGAUGACAUCUCCUCCAGUUCAAAAAGAUAUUGUGCACUGCUUUGCAGAAGAAGUAACUAAAUCUGUUAUCCAAGAAAUUGGUAACGAUGUCUUUGGCUUAUUGGUAGAUGAAUCAGCUGAUGUUUCAGACAAAGAGCAGAUGGCUGUGGUUUUUCGCUUUGUUGAUAAGUAUGGAAUAGUAAAAGAAAGAUUUGUUGGCAUUAGUCAUGUGAAGGAGACAUCUUCUUUAUCUCUGAAGAUUGCUAUUGAUUCUUUGUUUGCCAAACAUGGAUUGAGUUUGAAAAAGGUGAAAGGACAAGGUUACGAUGGAGCUAGCAACAUGAAAGGAGAAUUCAAUGGAUUGAGGUCACUGAUUUUGAAAGAAAGUAGUUCAGUGUAUUAUGUUCAUUGCUUUGCCCAUCAAUUGCAGUUAGUUGUUGUGGCGGUAGCAAAAAAACAUUUUGAAGUUGGAGACUUUUUUGAUAUGGUUUCUCUCUUAUUGAAUGUGGUUGGGGCUUCUUGCAAGAGAAAAGACAUGCUUCGGGAAAGCUAUCGCAAAAAAAUUGAAGAAGGGAUUAGUAAUGGUGAAAUUAAGACUGGAACUGGGUUAAAUCAGGAGCUUUCACUUCAACGGCCUACAAAUACUCGCUGGGGUUCACAUUAUAGGACUUUACUACGGCUUGUUGAUUUGUUUUCUUGUAUUAUUGAGGUUCUUGAAUAUAUUCAGGAUGAGGGCGUAGAUACAACCAAAAGGAGACAAGCAUAUGGCCUCCUCAAAUACUUUCAUACCUUUGAUUUUGCUUUCUAUCUCCAGUUAACCUUACAUAUUUUGGGGCACACUGAUAGCUUAUCCAAGGCUUUACAGAGAAGAGAUCAAGAUAUCUUGAAUGCUAUUUCAUUGGUGGCAUCUACUAAGCGACAACUGCAGAAGCUUAGUGAUGAUGGAUAG